GCGUGAUUGGGCGAAGCAGGAAAUGUCCGGCGCGCCCGCGGCCGUGUUGGCAGCCGGCUUCGUUCCUUCCUUGUCGAGAGCCGGGCCGCUGCCUGAGCCGUGGAGGACCGUGGGACGGCGCUUGAGGGGGUCCCGCUGAGGCGCGGCGUCGUUGCUUGGGGGCGCGGAAGGGCGCCGGGCCCUGCAGCGGUUCUAGCCGAGAGAGGCGGGCGGGCAGCCAGGCAAGCAGGCGGACCGAGAGAGGAUGGAGCGAGCAGAGGCCUGGCCGCGUCAGCGCUGACUAUGACUCUCUUCUAAAUGAGCUAUACAUCCUGGUUGGAGUCAGUAAACAAUUAUGAGUGGUGCAGCUUUGGGCAUUGAGAUAAUUGUUGUCUUCUUUCUGGCAUUAAUCAUACUACAUCGGUAUGGAGACUUCAAAAAACAACACAAGCUUGUGCUUGUAGCAACACUACUAGCUUGGCAUCUUUGUUUUCUCAUAAUCUUUAUAUUGCCUUUGGAUGUCACAACGACUAUAUACAAUCAAUGUAAACACGAUAUAAAUGAAUCAUAUGCUGCCCCCCCCACCAAUAAUGGAUCACCACAAUACCAACAAUAUGCAAGUUCCACUCCAAGAAAACAGGAAUGCUUCAAGCCAUGGAGUUAUAUUCCUGAUGGAAUCAUGCCCAUCUUUUGGCGAGUAGUAUACUGGACAUCACAGUUCUUGACAUGGAUUCUGUUACCUUUUAUGCAGUCGUAUGCUAGGUCAGGAGGCUUUUCCAUUGCUGGAAAGAUUAAAACUGCACUAAUUGAGAAUGCUAUCUAUUAUGGGACGUACCUACUGAUUUUUGGAGCUUUCUUAAUAUAUGUGGCUAUAAAUCCAAACAUCAGCCUGCAAUGGAAUCAACUUCAGACAAUUGGAAUAGCUGCUGCCAACACCUGGGGCCUCUUCCUCCUAGUGUUGCUGUUAGGGUAUGGCCUAGUUGAAAUUCCACGUUCUCACUGGAAUGGAGCAAAGAAAGGUUAUCUUCUCAUGAAGACAUAUUUCAAAGUUGCUAAACUGAUGACUGAGAAGGCAGAUGCAGAAGAAAACUUGGAGGAUAUCAUGGAGGAAGUCCGCAAAGUAAAUGAAAGUAUUAAAUACAAUCAUCCUUUGAGGAAAUGUGUGGAUACAGUAUUAAAGAAGUGCCCUCCUGAGUAUCAGGAAAGAAUGGGUAGAAACAUGGAUGACUAUGAAGAUUUUGAAGAAAGGCCUAAUACUUACCCAACAGAAAAAAGCCUGGCCAAACUUCAUAAGCAGGUAAUUUAUUCAGUUCAAAGGCAUCGUCGUACACAGGUCCAGUGGCAAAUUCUUCUAGAACAAGCUUUUUAUUUGGAGGAUGUGGCAAAAAAUGAAACCAGUGCUACUCAUCAGUUUGUCCAUACUUUUCAGUCUCAAGAACCUGAAAACAAAAUUAUCCAGUAUCUUUACACACCAACUGUAGAAUGGUAUUGGGAGUGUCUUCUGCGACCAUGGUUUCACAGGAUUCUUGCCAUUAUUUUGGCCACAUUUUCUAUCAUUGUUGUAUGGUCGGAAUGCACAUUUUUCAGCCCGAAGCCAGUUUUGUCCUUGUUUGCAGUCUUCAUUCAACUAGCAAGAGACAAUUACAACUAUUUCUAUAUAGAGAUCGCCUGCUUCUUUACCAUCUUUUUCCUCAGUAUCUGUGUCUAUUCUACUGUCUUCAGAAUUCGUGUGUUCAACUAUUACUAUUUAGCUUCGCACCAUCAAACAGAUGCAUAUAGUUUGCUUUUCAGUGGCAUGCUGUUCUGCCGUUUGACCCCUCCCCUGUGUCUGAAUUUCUUGGGCUUGACUCAUAUGGAUUCGGCAUUUUCUCAAAGACCCGCUGAUCAGCAAACUGCGUAUACAUCUAUUAUGGGAUCCAUGAAAGUGUUGUCCUUCAUUGCAGAUGGAUUUUAUAUCUAUUACCCCAUGCUGGUUGUUAUUCUUUGCAUUGCUACUUACUUCAGUUUAGGAACUCGGUGUUUGAAUCUUCUGGGAUUCCAGCAGUUCAUGGGAGACAAUGAGAUGACCUCAGACUUAGUAGAUGAAGGAAAAGAGUUAAUUAGAAGAGAAAAAAGAAAAAGGCAAAGGCAGGAAGAUGGUGAAAAUAGGAGGAGGGAAUGGAAAGAACGGUAUGGAAGCAACCGUGAAGAUUCAGCUCGAAACAGAAGUGUUCAAGCAGACCAGAAGGAGUCCAGCUUUUCAGAGACUAACACAAGCAGAUCAGUAGCCUCUAAAUAUACCAGAUCAAAUGGAAGGAAUGAAAGGGACAGAGUUGAACUUCUCCAGGAUGCAGAACCUAUGGAUUUCAAUGCUGACUCAAUUAGUGAAGAUCCUCUUGACUCGGAUUUAGGAAGGUAUCAGCCAGGUGGAAGAUACUUGUCAAUGUCAAGAAGCAGAAUAUUUGAUGAUGUCUAAACCCACAGAACUCUCACAUCCAUUGCUUUGGGAAUUGCUCUUUCGGUAAUAUGUUCUGUAACCAAAACAACCUCACUUUAUAAAAAGAAACUUGAAUGUUGGAAAUAAUGAGCCUUUCCCCUUAAAAUGCACUUUGUAUAAUUACUUGCCCAAUUUGUGACAAGCAAAAGCAUGGCUCCUGCAACUGGGACCACCUCAGCAGUGCCUUUCCCAUCUUUACCCUCACUCCUUCGAAACCACUCCACUGCUCUUGCCAUAAUGUGAGAAUUGUGAACUAUAGGCAGAUAGUGGAAGGGUGAGAGAAACAGUUCGACACCGAACAGAGUGGGGAAAGAAAGGAUUUGGGGUCAGAAUUUGAUGCUAGACAGGAGUUGCUCUCAUAGUGGAUAUGAUCUCAUCUGACCUGAAAACUUUAUAUUAUAAACAUUUAGAAGCCUUUUUUCUAGAAUUUACUUUUAAGUUGAUGGUCAUUGAUACAUAAUGGUAUAUGAUUUUGUCUUUAGAUUUGGAUCAACAAGGUAAUUUCAGUUUGUUAUAGGUUGAUUCAGUUUUAAUAAAUAUAGGGUCAAGUGGAAUUGUCAUUCAUGUUGAAAGUUAUUUGAAUUUUCUUUUUCCUUUAUUCCUUUCUGGAAGGAUCUUAGUUUUCGAGUAGGUAUCCUAAGGUCUAAUGCAAUUGGGUCAUCCCAAGUGAGCUCACCAGCAUUGUCUGAUGCAAGCUCAUAGACUACCUUCCAUUCAAGCCUUGGGCAUGAUUGAAAGAGCCGCUCUGGGCAGCUCAUAGGGUGCCUGGACCUUCAACUCCAGUUAAAGAGCUGGAGAGGUAUUAAUAACAUAACUGUAAAAAAAUAAUAGUUAUCAUCAGGAAAGCCUGCACCAGAAGAGAAAAUUAUUUCUGUCAGUAUUAAAUACGUACAAAUGGCAUUGGCAUGUGUGAUAGAUAAGACCAAACAGAACCGUAAAUGUUCAUAUGUACUGAUUUAACAUCAUAUAUAUUACAAUGUGCUCAAUGAAAGAAAAUCCAUCAGAAGUUUCUCUUUAGGAAUUUCAUCUAUACAUCUGAAAAUCCCUUCCAGCUAACACAUGUUUAAUGACUCUGAAUGUAGAAAUGUUUAAUCUUCACUUCAAGCAAGUUCAUCAUGUCAAAAGUAACAUAUAGUUCACAUAAUUCUUGCAGGGUGUGAAAAUGGACUAUUACUUUUGAAGAAAUGAAUUUAAUAUGGUAUGAUUCAUUAUUGGCAAACAGGAGUAGUGAUAUCCCAAUUGUAUUACCUUGCGUACAUUUUUAAGAAAUAAUGUGCUUUUGCGCCUUAGAAUAGUAAAUGUGUGCUCUUUCAAGCUGGGUCCUUUCAAAAAGUGUCAGCUGGGAAACAACAUUGCUAAUAAUGUGCGUAACGGCCUUUGUGAAACUUGGGUGGCCCUUUACAGUGUAAGGGCCCAAAGUAAAUCAACAGCGAGUGCGGUAUGAAUGGAAGGAAAGCAUACUUCUGUUAUGCAGUCAAUACUGUUUGCUUUCUUAAAACUAAGUUCAGUGGUUAGGUCUGAGCAGUCAAUGAAUGCCUAUGAAGACCUAAUUAUUUAUUUCUCCAGAUAGUGUAUUUCAUAUCUGAGGAUGAGUUGUUUAACAUAAUAUAGGAUUUUGGGGGUAUUUUAGGGAAGCAAAGCAUUGUGGUAUAUUGUAUACUGAAUAUUACGGCUAUAGUGUAUACAGCUAUUCAAAUUCCAUUGAUUUUGAUGAAAUGUAAGGGUCCUAAUAGCAUGCUGUGUUUGGCGUUUGUCUAGAUAAUACUAGACAUAUGGAACAGCAAUUGCUUUCUGCCACUACUGAAGAAAAUCUGGGGAUGAAAUCCAACAUUCCAGUUGCUUGAUGGGAUUGUCUCCUCUUUUCCCUGUUCCUAAAUCCCUCUGCAAAUCUGCUGUGGAGGAUGCCUCAACCCACUAAAGCAGAGGUUGAGAGGCUAGGGGAGGGCUGUGGGGGAAUUAUCUCCUCCCUCUUCUUCUGCUGAUGUAUACUUAAUCAGCCCUAAAUAAUACAUGAUGUACCGUGCAUCUCCCCAUCAUCACUCAGGAGGGCAGGGAAAUGCAGGUUAGGUCAUCACAUACAGAUAAGGGAGAUGUGGAAGCAAAGAGGCACAGAAGGGUGCUCAUCCGUGUUUCUUAAAAAGUUUAGUUAAAUCUUUGACUUUCUUUUUAGGGGAAAACUAGCAUUGAUAUGCUUCAUAGUAGCUUCAGUGAAAUCUCUUUAAUGCAUAUGCUAAAAGUGAAUGGCUCUUGAAAGCAUGUUCUCUCUUCACAAUGAUUUGUGAUUUCACUUAUAUGCAUGUUGGCUUUUUGCCCAAGUUCAUAUAGUUUACAUGAGACUUAAAAAGUGGGUCUUAUGCUGAAUCCCAGCACAUACGCAUCUUUGGAAAGCCAGAUGAAAAUCCCUCAAAUAUGACACAGAAUGUAGUUUUUAAAAGUUUUUUUCAAAUAACCUAGAGUUUUUUUAAAUCUCUGGAAAACACUAACUGAAGAAGAAACAUUGUGAAAUUAUGACUUUGGAAAAGAUUUUCACAUGCUGAAAAUGCUGUGAUUUUUAAAAAAUAAUGUAGCUAACUAGUUAACAUUUGUGGGGAUUAAUUAAACUUCUCAUCAGCAUUAGUACUAGUUUAGUUUCAAUAUUAAACCUGUGCUUAAGAAAUAUUUUACUCAUUAUAGGGAGAUUUAAACUUGCCAUUACUGUUCUUCAAACAGGUAAGAACUAUUACUUCAGAAAUAUCAAAUCCAUUCAGAACAAAUACAUCGUUUGUGGGUUUUUAAAAACCCCAGCAGGAGGUCUGAUUAAUGUUUUAGUAGUUUGUUUAAGCUUUCAGUGAGACUUCUGGAAGCUUGCUAAGGACUUGAUAAGAUGUUGCUGAUUACUCAGGUGCUGCAUUGCAGACCAGCAGCUCACCACCUAUUAUGGAAGGUAAACCUGGCCCUGGUAAAACUGGCUGCUAUAAAAUGUUCUAGGGUAAUUUUGCAGUGUAAGUGGAAGUAGCUCAGUGUGAUCUCAAAACAAAACUGUGCCUCAUUAGACUUGCCUUUGGAAAGGCAAUGUGUUUGUGUGAAUAAUACUCUGUCCAGCAGCCUUUGAGGGACUUUGUGGUCACUUUCAAAGUGAGGCCAAGUUGCUUAGAUGUAAGUAUGUAUGGGAUUCAGUUCCAGAAGCUUGCAUUGCAUGAUUUUGCUAAGAUUUCAGUGUCUUGCUCUUUACACAUUACUGUGGAACUUCAAGGCAAAAUAAAAGUAUUGAAAACAUUUUUGUUUUUGCUUAGGGUAGCAUAAAGUGGAUGAUGUACCCCUAAAGUGGAUAAUGUACAGGAAACUAGUUUUUUUAUUCAUUAUCCUUGUCUAAGAUAUUAGCAGUACUAGGAUGCAACAGUGUUGAGGUUAUUUCGUGUUGUAAACGUUGGUGAUGCUGACCAGUUUUUUGAAUUUGUAAGAAUUUUCUGCUGACUUACAAUUGUGUGUUUUACAAGAAUUUUAGAUUCCUUGUUUCAGUACAAAUCUGAGGGAUGCAGUUUUCUUAGCAGUUGCAAUCAUGCAAAACUUGUAUUUGUCACUGAUUUCUUUCCCUGUUAAAGUCAUGUGCUAAGGUACUUGUUGCUCUCCCAAAGGGAACAGCAGAAGCAGUUGCUUUGUAAACUGCAUUGGGUUUCGGAAUCUUGGAUAUUGGGAUGUAUAUUUGCUGCCACUGUAUAAUUGUUAUUUAUAUAUCUAACAAGGGAUAUAGGAAUUACUGUCAUAAUUUAAAAUGUAAUGCUGUAUAUUAGUUGGAAUUAAAAUUAACUUUAUUACAUUAUGGUUCUCUGAUCAGAAGUGUUUUCUCUGUAAUUGUGCCAGAAGGAUUGUCAAGACUGAAAGUGGACAACUCGGGGUACAAUGCAGUUGCGAUGUCCACAACCCUCUGAACUUGGAAGACUUGCAUCCUAUGCAAGUCAGGAGGAUCAUGGCGGCAGAGGCCAUCUCCUGCCUGCAAAGCAGUUAGAUGACCAAGUUCAACUAAGUGCAGCACUUUAGAAGAGGAGAGAAGCAAGUGAGGCACUGCCAGGAUACGUUGUAUCUUGGUUGUUCUGAUCCCCUCCCCUCUUUACCCACCAAACUUUUCUGGCAGUUUGCUCAGAGAAGCAAGUGGUGUGGCUCCCUGCAUGCCAUCUGUUGUGGGGAGGAAUCUGCCUACAGAGCUCCAGCUAUGAGGUUGGAGCAAGUUUCCAGGCUUGUAUCUGGGAAUUGGAACAAUUCUUGGGCAUUUAGAAACUAUAUCUAGAGGGCAAGGAUUGUCCUGCCUGUUAAAUCAAUACAGCAUACUAAGACUGAGGGUAUUUCUGAACAGAAUAUGCUUGUUUUCUUUGUUUGUUUUUAUUAAAAAGCAUGGAAAGAUCCACUAUUGUUAAAUAAAUUGUUUUUUAAAGGGAAUAAGAGUAAAAUAACCACUGUACCGAUUCAAUCUCUGCUUCUUUGAAAAGCUGGUUAAUGCAGCUCAGGUGUACCUCUACUGCUAAUUUCAAGGUUGCUUUCGAGGAUCAUGUUUUCUCCAUUUGAGGUAUAGCUGUCAGUGUUCAAAGAAUAGGAUUUCCCUUGUAUAUCAACUGUUAUGUUACUCUUAUUACCAGUGAAUGGAUGGAGUUUUUUAUUUUCCAUAUCUCUUGAAAUGCUGAGACAGACACUUAAAAAUUGAGACUUCAACUGCUGUACUUCAUAUUACUGUAGAAUAUCUAAUAGGAUCUAAUUGGCAAACUGAAUCUCAUGAAGUAAAUUUGCAGGUUGAGUUGAAGUGUUGCAAAUGUUGUAAAACAAAUAACAUUUAUUUUGAGAGAUGGAAGUGUACAGAAUAUUAAAAUGAACACUAUUUUAUGGAAUAAUGAUUUCUGUGAAAUCUAAUGAACAAUGCAGGUAAAAAUCAAUGCUUGAAUUUAGUUUAGCCAUUCGGAUGCUAAUUUUCUCCCAGGAGUUAAUUCUUUCUAAAAUGCAAAAAUUAUCAUUAAAAUGUUUACCUAUGAUAUUGAGAUUUUCCAGUCUUCUUCCUCCCCCAUUCUCUGUGACCUGUUGCUUCUCAGGAAUACUUCAGCAAUCCUUGAAUUGGCUAGACUAGGAAAAAUUGCAACCAUCAUCACUGUUCCCCUCUCAAAUGUCAUGAAUGAGCUCAUUCCUUACCUCCAUUGGUGAAAUAGUGUUUUAUUUUGCUGUAAAGAAUAGUAAAUCAGGAUUUGUUCACACAUUACAGAUUUCCCAUGGUAAGGAAAGCAGAACAUUGCAUGCGCUGAAGCCAAGGAAUGUGUUAACACUGGUAGUUGUGUUACCUUGCUGCACAUUUACUGUUUUGAGCAUGUGGGCUGACAUGACUGCUGGCCAAAGGAAACCAAGAAACCAUGGGGUGCCACACUCUUUGAAAGUGUAUAUACCUCUAAGUACAUGAGUAUGUAAUCAGCAACACUUUAGUAUGUCUGUCUACUAGGUCUUUGUACAAGAGAGCUAAAUUGUAUACCUGAAAACAAUAUGCUUUUGCUUUCAUAUGUCAUUUUCUUUGGGAUUGGCAAAGCUUGAGCUCAUAAAACACCUUUGCAAACACAAUUUCAGAUGGGCUGUAAAAAUGUUGCUGCAUGUGAGUAGAUAAGCGUCCUUUGCCACAGGUCUGGUAGAUUUCUGUCUGUAAAAUACUGAUGUACUAAUUAUGGGGCUGGAGUGGAACUGCACAUCUCAGAAUAAAGUUUGCAUGAAACAGUUGUUUCUACAA